AUGCAAUCCCUCCUCGCAACCUCCCGGAUGGCCGUCGGUCUCGGCUUCCUCACCAUACCAAGCCACCUAGCGACCCUCUUCACAAUGCCAUUCAGCCCCGAAGCCACAAUCGGGUGUCGAAUGGCAGGGUCCCGCGAUCUUAUUCUCGGUGCUCUGCUGUAUGCCUGCUGUUCGAGAUCAUCAACCUCAGGUAGUACUGCAGUCGGGAAGGAGAAGAAUGGUGACAACCGUGAACGACAGAGCGGGUGGACUGAUACACAGCGGGCCCUGCUUGCCGGAAUAGUAGUCGAUGCACUGGACGUUUUGACUUGUUUGUGGUGUUACUGCGAGGGGACGUUGCCGCUUUCGUCGGCGUUGUUGCUUGGUGGUGGUGCCGCGCUUUUCUGUGAUAUUGGGGGGUAUUGCUUGUAUAUGCAGUCGAAGGAGAGUCGUUAA